AUGUCGACGGAGAACCUCGCGGCGAUUGUGGCGGAGAACCUGCACGGCAAUCUGAAGGAGACCAAGUCUGCGUACGUCAACGGGUCCGAGGUCUUCCACGAGAUCGAGAACCUGGAGCCGCUGCUGACGUCCGAUCUGGCGUCGAUCGGAGUGGCGAUCAACCCGAUGCGGGAGGGGCUCGACAUGUUCAACGACGCAAUCCUGGAGCUGACGGACAAGCUCGACCAGAUGGUGGACGCGUGCGACAACCUGCAGGGAGCGCUGGACCCGACGUCGCAGGCUGCGCGGCGGCUGCUUGAGGAGCACACGCAGCAGCAGAACGCGAUUGCGGUUGGCGGGUUCUUCUUCCUCCGUUUCAUGGUGCCGUGCAUCACGGCGCCCGAGUCGUACGGGCUGGUGAAGGAGCUGCCGACGCCUACGGAGCGGAAGCUGCUUGUGCUGAUCGGCAAGGUGCUGCAGAACCUGUCGAACAAGAAGGAGUUUGGCAACAAGGAGAAGAAAAUGCUUCAGUUCAACGACUUUAUCGUGUCGAACGAACGCGUGAUGGCGGAGCUGUUCGACAAGCUCUCGACGGUGCCGGAGCGCGUGGAGGGCGUGGCGGUGACGUUCUCGGAGGUUCCGGAAAGCUAUCGCGACGCGGCGAUCUGCACGCUGUACGAGCACAUUAGGACCAUGCUGCCAAAGGUUGUGGCGCGGCUGACGGACGCAGAGCUGUGCGACGACGAGCCGACGCGAGUGAUGCGGGAGCAGAUGGCGCGAAUGCUCGCGAUGUUCUACGGGCGUGCGGAUCUCGCUGGCGAUGAGAAGCAGGCAACCGUGCAGCGGACAGCGCACCUCAACUCGGAGGACGACUCGUCGUCGUCGAGCUCGUCGGACUCGUUUGCGAUGCCGGCGGGUGCGAUUGUGGAGAAGGAGCUGUAA